CUGUCUUUUGCAUUAUAUACAUGCAAAGGAGUGAGUCCUCCCCAUUCUUCCCCAGUAGAUCCGUUCGUCUGGCUUGGCCAGGGCUUCGUCGUCCUCUCCCUUCUUGAUUCGCCAUCUUGCCUUCCGGAAUCCUGUGACAUGUACAAUAAUUUGGGCAACCAGGCUGUGGUGCAGGGACCCACGAUUAAUCCACAGCCUAAUCCUUUUGGCGAUGCAUUAUAUGGAGCUGGGUCUGGACUUAUUCGAGGUAGCCUGGGGGCAUAUGGAGAGAGGUUCUUGGGCUCAAGUUCUGAAUUCAUGCAAAGCAAUAUUAGCCGGUACUUCUCCAACCCUCAGUAUUAUUUUCAAGUGAAUGAUCAAUAUGUGAGGAACAAGUUGAAAGUUAUCUUAUUUCCGUUCCUGCACAGGGGCCACUGGACUAGAAUAACUGAGCCCGUUGGAGGUAGGCUAUCUUAUAAACCCCCAGUAUAUGACAUAAAUGCACCAGAUCUGUAUAUCCCCUUCAUGGCAUUUGGAACAUACAUCAUUCUUGCAGGCUUCUUAUUUGGUCUUCUUGGAAAAUUUAGUCCAGAAGCUCUGAGCUUACAGUUCACAAGGGGACUUGCUGGCUGGUUUUUGCAGGUUCUGAUACUAAAGGGAUUGUUAUAUUCAUUAGGUGGUGGGGAAGCACCACUUCUUGAUAUCGUGGCAUAUGGUGGGUAUGCUUUCACGGGGAUGUCCUUGACUAUGUUGGCCAGGCUGUGCUGGAGCUACACGUAUUAUUUUCUGAUGCCAUGGAUGAGUCUCUGCAUGGGGGUGUUUUUGGUGAAGACGAUGAAGAGGGUGCUUUUCACGGAAAUGAGGAGUUAUGAGAAGCAUUCGAGCCGGCAACACUAUCUGCUGCUCUUCAUGGCAAUUGCUCAGUUCCCUCUAUUCUUCUGGCUCGGCAAAAUAGCAGCAUAAAGUUUUAUAUCCAUGAUUAUUGUUUAGAUGAUGUCGAUAUUUAUUUCCCUUUAUUUGUUCCUUUAAGGGAGAGUAUCUGUGCUGCUCAAAAUUAUGCAAAAAAGGGAAAUAAUCUGCUCAGAACAGAUUGAAUUCUCUUCAUAUCUUCAGAUGUGGUGAUGAUGGUUGGGAGUUCAUAUCUUUGAGAGAACCACUGGAAGACUUCUCAGAUGGUGUGACCUUUCUCAGGGAUCAGUUUGUAAGCCUGCAAGUUCUAAAGAAAAUUGUUAUGAUUGGAUA